GUGACAAGCACCGGAUUUUUUUGGGCCAAGGCAAGAUAGUCAUUGCAGAGUGAGUCAAAUUGGUCAGAUCCCAAACCGACAUCAACACCACAAACCCACUUCCCCGAUCCUAGUCGACUGCCCCGCCACCACCACAUCAAUCACUAUGUCGGCAAACGGCGAGAUUGACAAGUUCGGAAACGACGUCGCCGACUCGGGCGACGAGUCGUCGGCAUCAGAGGCAGGACAGGGACUUUCAGACCACGAGGUUGAGGAUGAGAAGCCUCUCAAGCCUGCCCUGAAGAAGACCGCCCCAGCGCCUGUCGUCGAGAAACCAGUCCUGCCUCCUCAGACCGAGCCAAAGGACCUCGACGUGUCCACACUGUCCCCUCUCACACCAGAAAUCAUUGCGCGGCAAGCAACUAUCAACAUCGGCACCAUCGGCCACGUCGCUCACGGAAAGUCAACCGUCGUGAAGGCCAUCUCGGGUGUCCAGACUGUCCGAUUCAAGAACGAGCUGAUUCGCAACAUUACCAUCAAGCUGGGUUAUGCGAACGCCAAGAUCUACAAGUGCGAUAACCCCGCAUGCCCGAGGCCUGGCUGCUACAGGAGUUACAAGAGCGACAAGGAGGUUGACCCUCCCUGCGAGCGGGAUGGAUGCGAGGGUAGAUACAGACUGUUGAGACACGUCUCCUUCGUCGACUGCCCCGGUCACGAUAUUCUCAUGAGCACCAUGUUGUCAGGAGCCGCUGUCAUGGACGCCGCACUGCUGCUUAUCGCAGGUAACGAGUCUUGCCCUCAGCCCCAGACUUCCGAGCAUUUGGCCGCCAUCGAGAUCAUGAAGCUCGACAAGAUCAUCAUUCUCCAGAACAAGGUCGACCUGAUGAGGGAAGAGGCCGCAAAGCAACACUACGACUCCAUCCUGAAGUUCAUCCGAGGCACAGUCGCUGGCAAGUCGCCCGUCAUCCCAAUCUCCGCCCAACUGAAGUUCAACGUCGACGGCGUCCUCGACGCCAUCGUCAACACAAUCCCAGUUCCCCCUCGGGACUUCAGCAUGGACCCCCAGAUGAUCGUGAUCCGAUCUUUCGAUGUGAACAAGCCCGGUGCGGAGAUCGAGGAGCUCAAGGGUGGUGUCGCCGGUGGCUCCAUCCUGCACGGUGUGCUCAAGCUCGGCGACGAGAUUGAGAUUCGCCCUGGUAUCGUCACCCGUGACGACAAGGGUGAUCUCAAGUGCACGCCUAUCUUCAGUCGCAUUGUGUCGCUCAACUCCGAGUCCAACGACCUCAAGUACGCCGUUCCUGGAGGUCUGAUCGGUGUCGGAACCCGCAUUGACCCCACACUCUGCCGUGCCGAUCGUCUCGUUGGUUUCGUCCUGGGUCUGAAGGGACGUCUGCCAGAGAUCUACUCCGAGAUCGAGGUCAACUUCUACCUGCUCCGUCGCCUCCUCGGUGUCCGUACUGCGGACGGCAAGCAGGCCAAGGUCGAGAAAUUGGCCAAGAACGAGGUCAUCAUGGUCAACAUUGGCUCCACGUCCACAGGUGCCAAGGUGGCCGCCAUCAAGAAGGAUGCCGCGAAGCUGAUCCUGACCUCGCCGGCCUGCACGAAUAUCGGGGAGAAGGUCGCCCUGUCGAGACGUAUCGAGAAGCACUGGCGUCUCAUUGGGUGGGCCACCAUUGCCGCAGGCAACACCUUGCAGCCUAGCACAAACUAGAUGGAAUGAAAUGUUCAUUCAGGAGUUUUGAAAAUAUCCACAGAUAGCGAAACUGAGCCCGUUAGGAACUACAUGAGCAUCAUCCACAAAAUCGGGGGAGAUCCAGCAAGGUAUCGAGCCCAGCUACUGGUUGUGAGCAGGGGCCGUCGUUACAGGCGAGGAUACAUUGUGACAGGUGCUGCAAGAUGACAGGACACUAUCCUUGUUCUUUACGCAUGGAGAAGAAAGAGGUGAAGGUAUCACCAAUGACACGUGCUGGCCUUACGUCCUGCCUGGAGUCUAAACGCAGGCAAUCCUACUUGGGAAUACACAAAAGUUCACAAUCAUACCACCUAAUCUGUAGCACCGUCAAACUCAUCAUUCUUGAAAUACAGCCACAUCUUUAUGUAA